UUUUAUUAUUUAUUUAUAAUUUAUUAUUUUAUCCUUAAAUUUCUUCAUUUUGUCCGAAUGUUCUGUAGUAUAGUGUACAUAGCAUUGUUCUGUUAAUUAUUAUUUUUUUGGAUAAAUUUGUUAUUUACACAUUUUGUUGUUUUUAAUUUAUUUUAAUGUUUUAUUUAAUAUUUUUUUAUUAUUUUAUUUUUAAAGUUUUAAAUGAAGUUUAAACAGUAUUAAUGGUCUUUGGGUUCAGAAAGAAUAAAAAAAGUCCCGUAAAGGACGUUUCUAAAGCUAAAAAAAGUGAGAUCGAUUUGGCUCUGGCGAACAGUGAGACUACACUGAAUUACUUGACAAAAAAGCAAGAAAUAUUAGAGAAUAAAAUAACUGAGUGUGUUAAAUUGGCCUUGGAAUGUAGUAGGAGAAAUGAUAAAACGAACGCUUUAUCCCAUUUAAGAAGGAAGAAAUUACUUACAAAUGAGUUAAAUAAACUAAGAUCAACACUAAUUGCGCUUGAAACUCAGAGUAUCGCUUUAGAAGGCGCUCAAAUGCAACACAUGGCCAUCUCAGCCCUUUCCGACUCCUUAAACGCUCAAAAGUUUCUACAGUCCUCCAUAGAUUCGAGUAAGUUUGAUGAUUUGCUUGAUGAGUUGGAGGAGAGUAGGGAGACACAGCAGGAGAUAUUGGACACAAUGACAAGUAACAUCUCACCAAAUCUCGAGUUUGAAGAUGAAUUAAACGAAUUAAUACAAAGUCAACCCAAUGAACUACAUGAAUUGGAACAGCUAAAUCCUCCUACUGAUAAACUAAAGCAGAGGAUUUCGAAUAAAACUAAUUUAAACUAAUAUUAAUA